AUGCCACGACUCCCUCCUUCACUAGUCCGUCGUGCGAGGCACGUUGCGCCCGAGCUAGCCACCCUUCUACCAGCAUGCAGGACCCUCCUGUCAGCUCGGAAUGAGCUGCGAUGGCUCCGCGAGCACGUUGAAGCAACCACCAUCACCACCACCGCCACCACCGCCACCACGGCGGCAGCAGCAGCGGCAGCAGCAGCAGUCGUCGAGGGUCGUCGCCGAAAUCUGCUGGCGCGGCUCUGCCAUCAACGUGGACGCGGCGUUCCCCUCCAGUACAUACUUGGGACCCAGCCAUUCGGCCAUCUGGACAUCAGGUGCAGGCCCGGCGUCCUCAUCCCACGGCCAGAGACGGAGGCGUACACCUGCCAUCUCAUAGAUCUGCUCAGAUCCGGCGAGUUGCUGAGCCGGCCUCCCGCUGAGAGGCCGAGCAGUCUAGGCAUCAUCGACUUCUGCACCGGCACGGGAUGCAUACCGCUCCUGGCAUUUGAGUCUCUGAAGUCGGAGGUCGAGUCACUCAAUGUCCGUGGCGUCGACAUCUCCCCCAUCGCGCUCGACCUUGCCGAUGCCAAUGCCACGUACGCGUCCUCCCGACACCCCCGAGCUGAGAAGCAGCUGCUGCGGUUCUCCAGGACCGAUGUGUUUUCCGAUGCCGACAUACGUGCCCUCGCCAGGGAACGCUGGGACGUCAUGAUCUCAAACCCCCCCUACGUGUCCAGGGACGUGUGGAAUCACGGUCGUGGCCAGCUGGGGCCCUCUGUCCGCAAGUUUGAGCCACUGCUGGCUCUGGUCCCAGGUCAGCAGCUGCCUCUUCCGCCGCCAGGUCUGCGUCCCGAGGAUAUCUUCUACUCGAGGCUCCUCGAUGUAGCAUCCAUCUUGAAACCCGAGGUCAUCCUGCUGGAAGUUGGGGAUCAGGAUCAGGCGCGUCGAGUCGCUGGACAUUGUCUCGAGCACGCCUUCUGCGCAGACGCGACCGUUGAGCUGUGGCGCGACGGUCCAGACUUGACGCCCUCCGAGGACGAGCAGGUUUACUGGAAUAUCCGGACUGCAAGACACGGAGAGCGGGUCGUUCCGGUGAAAGGAAGCGGGAACGUUCGUUCCGUCCUGAUCCGAAGAGAAGUCUGA